AUGGGCGGAACAGCUUGCUAUUGCACCCUCUGCAGCGGGACCGCUGAAACAUGUAGCAUAGGUUCAGCUACAUCAGAAGCUCUCGAGUGGCGGCACAGGAGAGUUGCGAGAAAGCGCAAGCUGUUCAUGGAAACCGGACGGUAUCCAUCCAGAUACGGGACUCCUGAUGGCUGGGAUGCAGAGGAAUUAAGGGGUGAAUACAAUGUGAAUGAAGGCGGGUGGACUAAGCAUGAGGAGAACUAUGCUUAUGACCCGGAGCUCGUUAGUGAAGAGAGUCUGCAGUGGUUAUGGACUGUACACUGUGUGGGAUGCAUUGAUAGAAAGGGGUUCAUUUCUGGCCCAGGGAAGGCCUUGGAUUAUCUGAAUCCAACAAACCUUGAUAGGACAGUACUAUACGAAGUGAUGAAGGAAUUCUCUCAGGUCUAUGCCUUCUUGGAGUUGGAUUAUGGACAACUUGAGGGCCCGGAAACAGGACUGGUACUCUGUGCCUGGGGAAGAUGCUCCUGGAAGCAGCUCCUUGCCCGGGAAAUGGAGUGGCUUUGGGAAAUGAACGAUAUUCUUGAUGACGACGGCGGGGAAGACAGCGAUGGCGAGGCAGAUAACGAUGACAACGAGGAUAGCGGUGGCAAGGGAAGUGGAAUUCCCGACGACCUGAGUCUGAAACGACUCUAUCUCUACCUAUACGAAAAGACGACCCCAACCUACGCCAUGGACGCCGAAUUCAUGAGUCUUGGAAAUCGACGAUGCAUUUGGCGACCGUGCCAGCAGCUUGCUGAGUUACAAAAUGCAGUGUCAGAGAAUCUCAAGCGGGGAAAGAGAAACGCGCCCCCCCCUGGAGUUUGCCAAGCCUCAGUCGCGCCACCGCUUCACUCCAAAGGCCGAAGUCAGAUUCAACCAACAUUAAAACGCUUCGCACUGGUCUAUCACCAGACUCUCACAGCAGAAACAGACAUGGCAGCAGCCUAAAACACAUAAACUCUUUUCCUCCAGUGCAAUGAGCCAGCCUUACCUGCUAUUUAGGCACCCACGAGAGUCGGAAACUCGCCAUCCCAACCGCCGCUGUGGUCGAUUUCGUUGUUGCCGUCUGGACACUUACUGCGACCCUCGGCCUCCCUAUCCCUCCCAACGAAAAUACAACCCAGUGGAGUAAAACCAAUGACUCAUAUAUUUGAACCUCCCAACGGAUGGACAUUCCCCAUGCUGACAAAAUAUCAAUACAGGCGGGUGGCGUGGACACUUGGAUAUAUGUAUGAUUGACACACCGGGGCGUGUAUUUUGGAUUGGAGGUAUAUAUCAGUGCUCUGACAAGGUGAAAUGGCACCUACGACACUCCACAGAGGUUGGUCCUCUCUUUCGAGCCGUAGGAGUAGGCUCGGGCUCGGGCUCGGGCUCGGGCUCGGGCUCGGGCUCCCUUACGUGUAGAACCUUAAGACGUGACGAUGGCUCAUCUAUAGAUAUCUGGUCCGGUCAUAUAUCAUAACAACAAUGAGCGGUAUAGCUGUUUUGUCAUCCUUGGCCCUUGCAUCAGCUUGCUCCCUGUUGGUUAUUGAUUACGCGUAGUAUGUAGUAGAAAAUUAGGAAAUAAGAGUACAGUUUGCAGAUGCGUUUCGUCUGGGAUAAUGCUGCUGGUUGGAGAUGGAUGGAGCUGGAUUAGCAGAGAUAAUUGUUCUAAGGAAGAUAAAUGAAAGUGAAUUAAGAAAUUCUACGUGUCUAAUUACUGAGCUUCAUCUGGUAUUCUAGGUUGUCAAAAUAUUGGCUCCGAAACGUCUCUGGAGAAUCU